UUUCUAUCAAAAUCUCCUUCUCUCUCUCUUUUUAGGGUUUUGUAUCGAUUCUUGUUAUUUAGGGUUUUCUCAUCCCUUUCAAUUCCCAAUUCUCGAUCUCUAGGGUUUUCUCAUCUCUUGGGUUCUCUAGUACUUUGAUUUCACUUUUUGAUUUCAGCGUCUUCCUUUUGGCUUUUCUCAGAUCUCUCAAUCUCAUACUAAGCGCUGUUCAAUUUAGGGCGUUCUUUCUAUCUAAGCUUUAGUUUCAAGAAUGCCUCCUAAAGCGACGAAGCGUGGGUCCGCGUCAAGCGCCUCAAAGAGGGGUGGCAGAGGGGGCAGGGGAAUCUCCAAGGGUGCGCAGAGCCAGCAGCACCAUGAACCUGCGGAAGAGGUAGUGAAGGUCGAGGAGAAGCAACCCAUUGUUGUUGCUGAGGAGGAACAACCCAAGGCGAUGGAAGAAGAGCACCCUUUGGUUGAAGAGAAACAGCUUGUGGUUGAAGAGAAGGAAUCUGUUGUGGUGGUUGAGGAUAAGGCUAUUGAUAUGAACCAAAUGGCUCCGGAGGCUGUGGAAGAAGCGUCCCAUCUUGCUAAUGGAUUGACCGCCUUGAAAAACAAUGAAGAGGAUGUUAAGGAAUCCAUAGAUGAAUAUGAGAAAGACGAACGCUUAGAUUUGGAGGAUAAUGAUCCUGAGUAUGAAGCUGAGGAGUAUGGUGGAGUUGAUUAUGAUGAGAAGGAAAUUGAACAAGAUGAGGGUCAUGAGGUGGGCAAUGAAGUAGAGGAAGAAGAGGCUGAGGAUAAUUUAGGAGAAGAAGAGGGUGAUACAGGUGAGGAAGAGGUUGAAGAUGUUCAUGACGAACUUGAGGGUGAGGAGGAGCAUGAGCAUACUGGUGAGGAGCAUGAGCACCCUGAUUUUGCUGAUGUGGAUGAGGAGGAACAUCGGGAAGUUGUGAAAGAGAGGCGGAAGCGGAAAGAGUUUGAAGUUUUUGUUGGUGGCUUGGACAAGGAUGCUACUGAGAGUGAUCUGAGGAAGGUAUUUGGUGAAGUUGGGGUUGUUACAGAGGUCAGGUUGAUGAUGAAUCCUCAGACUAAAAAGAACAAGGGAUUUGCAUUCUUGCGUUUUGAAACUGUGGAACAAGCUAAACGAGCUGUGUCAGAGCUCAGAAAUCCUGUGAUUAAUGGCAAACAAUGUGGUGUUACUCCUAGUCAGGACAGUGAUACACUCUAUUUGGGGAAUAUAUGCAAGACAUGGACAAAGGAAGCUUUAAAAGAGAAGCUGAAACAUUAUGGAGUUACAAAUGUUGAGGAUUUGACCUUGGUAGAAGAUACUAAUGAUGAAGGAAAGAACCGUGGGUUUGCAUUUUUAGAAUUUUCCUCUCGUUCUGAUGCUAUGGAUGGCUUUAAGCGACUGCAGAAGAGGGAUGUAGUGUUUGGAGUUGAUAAGCCUGCAAAAGUUUCUUUUGCAGAUUCUUUUAUUGACCCGGGUGAUGAAAUUAUGGCACAGGUUAAAACUGUGUUUAUUGAUGCAUUACCUCCUUCAUGGGAUGAAGAUUAUGUUCGUGAUCUUCUCAAGAAAUAUGGAGAGAUUGAAAAGAUUGAGCUAGCCAGGAACAUGCCAGCUGCACGUAGGAAGGAUUAUGGGUUUGUUACAUUUGGCACACACGACGCUGCUGUAAAAUGUGCUGAUAGUAUUACUGGCACAGAGUUGGGUGAAGGAGACAAGAAGGCAAAAGUUAGAGCAAGGUUGUCAAGACCACUUCAGAGAGGUCGUGGAAAACACAUUAGUCGUGGUGACUAUCGUUCUGGUCGAGGAUCUGGAAUGAUGACAAGGCCUUCAUGGAGCCGACCUUCUCCUCGUACUUUUACUCGUGGUGCAAGAGGAGUUGGAAGUCGAGCUCCACCUGCCAGACCAGUUAGUGUGAGAGAUAGACGCCCUAUCAUGUCCAUACCUGCAAGAAGUAGACCAGUGCCUCCUCCAUCUAGAUCUUAUGAUAGGAGACCAGUUGCACCUGCAUAUCCAAAAAGUAGCAUGAAGAGAGAUUAUAGUCGGCGAGAGGAUAUACCACCUCCAAGAAGUAGAGUUCCUGUAGAUUAUGGCUCAAGGGUGGCUUCUGAAAGAAGGCCAUCUUACAGGGAUUAUCCUGCCCGUGGUCCUGGUCCUGGCUACUCUGAGCUCCCUAGAAGCACGUCUCGGGCUGCACCGAGGAGGGGCUAUGUGGAUGAGGGAUAUAGCCAAAGAUUUGAGAGGCCUCCACCUCCACCUCCUCCCCAUAUAAGCUACCGUGAAGGACGUCCCCGAGAUUAUGAUACUCUGUCUGGCUCAAAACGUUCUUAUGCUGCUAUAGAUGAUGUUCCUCCUCGAUAUGCUGAUACUGGUGCUCGCCAAUCAAGAGCUCGAUUGGACUAUGACUAUGGUGGUAGUGCUUCACAGUAUGGAGAUGCUUAUGGUGAUAGACUUGGAAGAUCCAGUAUGGGAUAUGGUGGUAGCAGCAGAAGCUCUAUGUCUAGUCAAGAUUCACAUGGGAUGUAUAGUAGUCGACAGGGCAUGAGUUAUGGAGGUUCUUUUACUGGUGGUGAUGUUGGUGGCUUGUACUCAUCAAGUUAUGGCAGUGAUUACAUUUCCCGUGGAAGUGAUGUUGGUGGCAGCUCAUAUUCUUCAGUGUAUUCAAGCAGGGGCGUGGGUGGUGGAAGCAGUUAUAUGGGUGGUGGAGGAUCGGGCUCUUAUUAUUGAGGUUGCACGCUGUGGUUACCAGUGAAUUUAUCUAUGAACAGAUCUGAUAUAAUAAAGUGGCUGCUGUAGGAUGACCGUUGAAGCUUAUGCGCAUUGUGAUGCUUACAAAUUUGGAGACAAAGGAACAUUGCUAUUUAUAGCCUUUUUUUGGAAAAUCUAGCUCUUGUCAAUUCAAGCUAUCUUGGGUCUUCUCUGGAUGGAUGUAUUAUCAGUAAUUGAAUUUGUGCUGUAUGGACUGAAGUUAAUUAGAGAUGGAAAAAGUAUUGAGCAGUGAUGUGUAAUUAAACCCUGAUUUAUGAAAUCGUACUUGGAUGGAUACUAUGACAGAUUUACCCACAGCUCCAUCUUCCUUUUCAUUUGGACUGAGACCAGGAUAGAGAUUCUACUUGUUAGAUUAAGGCUUCAUGGAUUUUUACCUGCUGAAUUUAUCAAUAAGUUGGUUCUUUA